AUGGGAAGUGAGGAGUUGGUGCAGCAAGAUGCGCCGCGUGUCCGGGGUCGAUUGCAGGUCCUGGUGCUGCAUGGGAGGCAGUCCAAUGCGAACCUGGCUAACUUCCAGAUCAGUGGCUUGAAGACGGCCUUUGGGAAGGACACGGACUUUGAGUUCCUAGAGGGCGACGUGACCUGGGCCUAUCGGCCUGGAGUAGACCUGCACGAUGCUGACCCCAUGUCGGUGAACUUGUCCAAGGGCAAAGACUUCAAGGUGUGGUUUAAUCACACCACCGAUGAUCCACGUGAGCGUCCUGAUCUCUACAAGCAGCAAGACCCAGGUGUUUGCGUGUCCUACGAGGGUGUUGAAGGCGCGGUGGAUGCCUUGCUUCAGAGGGUGACUCAAGAGCCUGUGGACGCGGUGGUGGGCCUCUUUGAGGGUUGCAUUGUGGUGCACUUGGCCGCCGCGCGGCUGCUCCUCGACGGGGCAACGUUGCCCUGGCCCGUGAGUGUCUUCUUCGGGGAUCUGCCAAUUCGUGAUGCGCGCUGGGCCUCCGCCUUUGACAACGCCAAGGCCAAGCAUGCCAGCAUCCAUGUCUUUGGCCGCAAUGACGAGUACUACCACUAUGGCCGUAGGGCUGCUGGCAUGAUGGCGCCGGAGGAUUACUACGAGGCACCACUGGUCUUGGAGCACGUCGAGGGCCAUCGCCUGCCCCAACUGCAGCCAGAAGCAGGAGCCCUCUACACGCGGGUGGCGCGUGAGGUGCGCAACUGCUGUGGCCGGCUGGUGCAAGAUGGCACCUCGGAUCUACACCGCUGGCUGCGGACCUCCCGGCCGCUGAAGCCCUUGUCGCCGCCCCUGCUGGAGAUGGAGUUGAUGGUACCCCGGAAGCUGCGGGUUUUGGCACUCACUGGAGGCCACAGCUGCACGGAGGUUCUCCGCUUCCAGUGCGCCAACUUGCAGCAGGCCUUGGGGCGAGACGCCUGCGAGUGGACCUAUAUUGAGGGCACUGAGGAUUGGAACUGGUUUGAAGGGGAGCCCAUUGUGAGCGACAUGGAGAAGACCUUGGCCAAAGGUGAGUGUCAGCGGGAGAUGAAAUGUUUGGAGAUCUCCUGGAACUCAACUUUCCGGCUGGCGAAGAUGCUUCGGUUGGACUGCUGGCAAUGUGUCACCAAUGGCCACGGCUGUACCUGGCUUGUUUGCAACGGAGGAGCACAGCUCAAGAAUUGGUACAUGGACUCGAUCACCGAGGCCACACCUACGGAGAAGCCCAAUCGCGAGAAGCAGUUCGACCCCGCUUCCCGUAGCGUACCACAAGAUUCCUGA